AAAUUCCAUCAGCCAAACCACAGUUGAAAAUCAGCAAAAAGGCAACCGACUGCAAACCUAAAAAAACCAAACCAAGAAGAAGAAUCUUUCUUCUUGUUUUGGUUUCAAGAAUCCCCCUUUCUUUUCCCAUGCAAUUUUCAUAUCAAAGCUAACCCACAAGACACCUACCUUAGUACCUUUCUUCCUGGGCUUGAACUCCCCAUCCCAAAGGGAAGAAAAACCCACCUCAAAUUCAUCUCCCUAUGUUUGCCAUGCUGGUUUUCCUCUGAAAAAAUGGUUCAAAGAAAGGUACCCAACAAGCUUGGAAUCCAAGCUGAUCAUGUUAAAUCCGACAAGCUGUUGGCAAACCUCAAAAAACCAUCUUCUUCUCAAUACCAGGAUGGCAAAAACAGAGGAGCUGAUAUGAAGAAGAAGAUGAAGAAGUCGAGAUCAAUAAAGCUUUCAGAUAUUGAGAGCUUGAGAUCAUCACCUACAAGAAGGAACAUAUCACCGCCUGGAAAGCCGCCGCCGGCAAUCCCACAGAAGCAGCAGCAGCCUCUGAUCGAUGCAUCUGAUGGGUCACCAAAUUACAUGAAGUCCACCAGCUGCUUUGAAGCAAGGAAGGAGCAGUCUCAGGUGAGUCUUCGGAAUACUCAAACUGGUUCUGAAAGUAAGAAUAUGAGUAGAAGAAGCUCUAGCAAUUCAAAACAUAGCUCUGCUUCUGGUGCUAAACCAGCAAGAGCUUUAACAAGAACAUCUAGUUUGAAGCUGGCGAGUUUAACAAAGACACCUAGUUUCAAGCCGGCAAGAGCUUCGGCUAAAAAGUCUUCCAGAGUUGUUCUUUGUGCGGAUGUGAAUGCACAGAGAUCCACCUGUUCUUCCACUCUGAAGGACUCAAAGUUUCCUCCAUACCUUAUGCUAAGUCCUGGGGCAACUGAAUCUGAAGGAACUUCAGUCACGAAGGUUUGCCCCUACACAUACUGUUCUCUUAAUGGUCAUCGCCACUCUCCUUUGCCGCCAUUGAAGUGCUUCUUGUCGGCAAGGAGACGUCUGUUGAAGACCCAGAAGAGUACGAAAAUGGAGGCUCUAAGCCCACGAAGAGCAAAGCUGUCUAGUAAAGGAAUGGAGGAAAUUGAUACUGCAAAAAUGAUCUUUGAUGACGAGUCUGCAGACAAAGAAGACGAGUUUGGUAACUUGGCCACGCCUCCUUUGGUAGAAGAUGUGGGAAUAGAUUUUUUCAUUGAAAUCUAUGCUACUAAAAGUAAAGACAAUGACACUGAAGCAAUUGGUGUUGAUGAAGAAGUUGCAAAGCACAGUGACAAAGAACAAGUUGCAGAGAGCCUGUCUGAUGGAUCAGCUCAAUCUGAGGUUGAUUUUGAGGAAAAGCUCCAACAAUGGGGUGACAUUAUUGCAACAGAGAUGGAAACCACAGAGAGCCUUCCCGGAGAACAAGUAAAAGAUGCUGAUCAAGAAUUCCUACGUAUCACUGGCAUUGAAGCAGAUGAUGCUGGUUCUGAAGCUACCGAUAUGGAGUGGGAGGAGGAGCAUCUUUCUGCCUCAGAGAUUGAUAGCGAAGCUGAUUAUUCAAUCAUGACGGAUGAUGAAUCUGUUGUGUCUGUUAGGUGUUCAUCAGACAUCAAGAAUCCUGAUUUUCAUAAUGACUACAUGAUCAGGUCCGAUGACAUCGAUAACAGCUGUAGUGAAGUGAUUCUAGCUGAGGAAAUACUGCAAGAACACUUCGCAGAGGAGGGUGCAAACUCUGAAGCACAAUCUGAUAAUGAUUCUGCAAGCUCUGAAGAUGCAUUUGACGAAUCAGAAACUGAAGAAGAAGAAAAUGGACAAUCCGAGACAAAGUUAAUCAGCACAGAGAUCCCUUCAGCUUCAAUGGAGGAGCCAAUUGUGGAACCAAGAGCAACCAGCGAGGGCAUGCAAGAGAAGAACAGAGUUGCUGAAAUCAAUCCUCAACUUGGAGAUGAUGAAACCAAUUGCACCAGCAAAGCAGCAGAUGAAGUUUCAAAUGAUGACCAGAAGCAAAAGACUCUCCAAGAUGAUGGAGAGGAAAGGGAGGAGAAAGAGAAAGCAGAUGAUGCCAAGAUAUUGGUUGAAAUCCAAGCUUCUGAUUUUUCUUGUUACUCUGAAGCAGACCUAGUCAGUACUGAGGCCAACAAAAAUGAAAGCCACAAAAUGACUCUAUCUUGCCAGCCUGAUGAAAAAAUUGAAGACUUUAAUUCAAUUGAAGAGAUUGUUGAUGAUAGCUUUACUGACAAGACUCAAAAUCAUCUGUCUGAUGACCAGAAUAUGGAGAAAGACCGAGGUGAAGCAAAGAAUUUCAAAAUCUCAAGUUCAACGGACGAUGAGGGGCUAAGCAAUCCAAGGAUGAAUAAAUCCAAUUCAGCUGAAGAGAGCAUAGAAGAAGUUGAAAAAAUGGAAGUGGAAGAUUACACCAGUUCAGAUGCAGCAGAUGUAUCAACAGUAGCCAAAGGUGUAACCGGUCCAGAAACAGAGAUAACAUUUUUCCCUGCCGGAAGCAAAUCCACCCAAGAACUGCCUGACAGCUGCAACAGUCAGAAAUGGACUAAUAGAAGAAAGGGGAAUAUCAAGGAUGAGGAGGAAUUGAGGGAAUUCAACCCAAGAGAACCAAACUAUCUGCCUUUGGUUCCUGAUCCAGAAGCAGAAAAGGUUGAUCUGAGGCAUCAAAUGGAGGAUGAAAGGAAAAAUGCAGAGGAGUGGAUGCUUGAUUACCACCUUCAGAAGGCUGUUACCAAACUCGCUCCAGCUAGGAAGAGGAAGGUGGCGCUACUUGUUGAAGCUUUUGAAACAGUCAUGCCGACUUCUAAAUUUGAAACCCAUUUGAGGAGUAGUACAGCAGCCUUUGCUCAUGCAAGACCCAUGCAAACUUGUAGCUGAUAGGGCUUACUGAGAAAUCUAUUGCCCAAUAGCCAAGCAUCGAGUUUCAUGAGUAAACUGCAUGUUCUAAGACCAACUCGACAUCGUUGUUCUCUUCCAGUUCAGAAUUAUGGAGAAAGCAUCCUGAUACAGUGAUGAACUGAUGUUCAAAUGGAGAUUGUACUGUAGAGAGUGUUGUGUUUUCAACUAAGCUCUGUAGCUGAAAUUUUAGUUUCUGCUUCAAUAAUGAUGUGUCAUGACAGUGUAAAUUAUGGUCUUUAAUUUCUGUGUGUGGAACAAACCGAUCCUUCUUUGUUACAGUGGGGCACUUGUUCCUCCAAAUGUGGUUAUUAACUCUUGUUGCUUUGUCUACUAUUAUGAACUAAUACUUAUCAGCCAAGUUUAUGCUGACUA